AUGGGAGAACAAUUAGUAACAUGUAUGGAAGAAAAGGAAAUGCAGAGAGAGAAUGUUAUUGCAUCACUUAAGGCAGACUUAUGGGAGUCUGAAUCACAGCUGUUAAAUAAAGAACAAUGUAUCUUGUCUCUAAAAGCACAUGAGAUACAAGACAAAUGUAACAAUUACAGGAGUAGUCUAGCACAUGUUUGUCCUUUAGAAGUGGAUGGUAAUGAAAGUCGAACUAUAGAACUAGAUGGACAAACCUCUAUUAUUCCUGACAGUUCUUUGUUAAUUUUAAACCAGGUCCCCUCUAUUCUAACUCCUCAAAUAGAAUGCAGACAAAGUAACCCUCAAUCACAAACUAAAGUAAAUAAUCAUAGUAACUCUGCUCCCCUUACAAUACAAGACCGUAAUAAUUUGUGCCAUAUUUUAGGUCACUUUGACACCUCCACACCACCUGUAAUCCUUUCUAAUAAGUUAGAGGCUGUUACUACUCAGUAUAAUUUAGGCAACAGAGAUGCCUGUGCUUUGCUCAGGGCCUGGUUGCCAUCACAAUUAGCUGCACAGCUAAGGGCACCAGUAGGCACCCAUAAAGGAGUGUCUCCUGAUAUUGAUGCAAACUGGGGAAAUUCAGGGGACAGAUUAAAGGAAUUACAGUAUGUUAUGUGUUGUCGUGAUGCCAGAUGUACCAGUGCCAUAGCAAAUGCAAGUUUAAAGGAAGGAGAUGACCCGAUUUUGUUUUGUACUGAGUACCUUGCACUGUAUAAGAUAACUUAUAACUGCCCUAACAUGUCCCCAGAUGAUGCAGAUUUUCUGUAUUCUAUGGCAAAUAAAUGCACAUUAAUUGACAGUUGUACAAGAAUCACUCUUAGAAAUGCCAGCUCCUAUACCAACUUUGUUAAUAUACUUAAAGACUGGUUUAAAGACUCAAAGCAUAAGAAUGCUACUCAUAAUAAUAUAUCUAUGCUAACUGAGAGUCAGGGAAAGCAGAGAUUUUUGAGACGCUGUUUUAAAUGUGGAAAGUUUGGGCACAUCAUGAGGGAAUGUGUGACAUCAAUGAGAGAUAUCAGGGAUAAAAAUUACAUUAGGAGGCAGAACAAAAUAUCAUAUUUAAGUAAGGAAGGAAAGUACAGUGCUAUAUUUGAAGGUGAAAAGGAACAGAAUAUAUCUUCUUUAACAAAGAAAGAAAUAAUAGAAGAACCUACUAGGGAGGAAACUUGCAAAGAGCCCCCAUCUAAAAAAGACUCUCAGCAAAAUUGCAAAGAGCCCUCAUCCAAAAAAGAAGGGACAAAUGUUCAAUUUCAGAUGCCUUACAUAAACUGGCCAUUUUGGGCACUGUUUAAUUAUACA